CUAGUCUCAGUGCGGGCCCUCGCCCUCGCCCUCGCCCGUCGCCUGGGGACCUGAGAGCGCGCGAGCUACCUGGGGGGCGAAUCUGGGAGGCGGGUCCGGGGCUUGUCUCCGACGCAGACCAGACUCCUCCUCCUGCCACUGGCCACCGGGGGGGAAGGCGGGCAUCACCGAGUCUGGUGAGCCCUGCCGCCGCACGCUUUAAGAAAAAAUGAAGAAAUUAAGGCUUAAGGAACUAGAGAGUCGCCUGCAACAAGUGGAUGGAUUUGAAAAACCCAAACUUCUUCUGGAACAGUAUCCGACCAGGCCGCACAUUGCAGCAUGUAUGCUCUAUACCAUCCAUAACACAUAUGAUGACAUUGAAAGUAAAGCGGUUGCAGAUCUUGGAUGUGGUUGUGGAGUGCUUAGCAUUGGAACGGCAAUGUUAGGAGCAGGGUUGUGUGUUGGAUUUGACAUAGAUGAAGAGGCAUUGGAAAUAUUUAAUAAGAAUGUCGAAGAGUUUGAGUUAACAAAUGUUGAUAUGGUUCAAUGUGAUGUGUGUGCGUUACCUAACAGAAUGUCUAAGUCCUUUGAUACAGUAAUUAUGAAUCCUCCCUUUGGGACUAAGAAUAAUAAAGGAACAGAUAUGGCUUUUCUGAAGGCGGCUUUGGACAUGGCAAGAACAGCAGUAUAUUCUUUACACAAAUCCGCAACUAGAGAACAUAUUCAAAAGAAAGCUGCAGAAUGGAAAAUCAAGAUAGAUAUUAUUGCAGAGCUGAGAUAUGACCUGCCAGCAUCAUACAGAUUUCACAAAAAGAAAUCAGUAAGUCUCUCGAUUCUGACUGAAGUACAUUCAGAUGUAAGCUUUUCAAUAAGUAAUGAUUUCUUCUGUUACCAAGUUUCCUAAGUAAAUACAGCAAGCAAAUAGAGGAAAUGAGAUGCUAAUUCACUAUAUGAUGGGCUUCUAAGCAAACAGCAAAUGAUCUGGUUUAAGAAUAAACCCCCCCCCCCAAAAAAAG